ACCGACGCUUUGAAUCGAAUCUGUUCGGAAGCUCUCGACUCUGGCAUAACCAUAAUCGGAAUUAUUCGGCUAUCUCCGGACCUAAGGCUGAGACGCUGUGGCGCUUGGGUGUUUGGGGCUGGUCCGGGACCGGAAGUGCGUGGGCUUCCCGGCUGGCCCUCCUUAGGGUUUUCAGGAAACCUGGAAGCGGCGGCGAUAGUUGGAGUCUAAACACUCUUGUGACGGUCUCCGAGUGCCCUGUGAGAGGAAAGGGGAGGAUGCCACUGGGAUCAUCUUCCUCUUCGAUGCCGCUAUCCUUCCCUUCUCCCUUACCCUCGGUACCAGACAAUAUUUCUAACUCUUCCCCUCCCCCAAUGUCUUACAUCACUUCCCAGGAGAUGAAGUGUAUUCUUCACUGGUUUGCCAGCUGGUCAGGUCCUCAGCGUGAACGUUUCCUACAGGACCUGGUAGCUAAGGCAGUACCGGGAAAAUUGCAGCCACUGCUGGAAAGUCUGGAGCAGCUUAGCGUGUCUGGAGCAAACCGACCACCUUGUAUCUUUGAGUGCCAGCUACGUCUUUGGGAUCAGUGGUUUCGAGGUUGGGCUGAGCAGGAGCGCAAUGAAUUUGUCAGGCAGCUGGAGGUCAGUGAGCCAGACUUCGUGGCAAAGUUUUACCAAGCAGUGGCUGCUACCGCUGGUAAAGACUAAUAGGCCUUAAAAUCAAAGAAGAUAACCAGAGCUAAUGGAGCCGAGGCCACAACUUUACCAUGAGAGCUUCAAAUGUAUCACUUAAAGGCCUGGGGAUGGUGUCCCGAUCAGCUGACUGAACUCGCUGACCAGUACAGGCCUGGUGAUUUCAACAGCCGAUCAACUGGACUCCUAGUGUGAAUGUUUUCCAUCUAAGCAAAUCCAGAUCAGCAGUCUUUCUCCUAGCUUCUUUCCAAGAGAUGUCAAACCCUCAAGAAUUUAAAGACUUCUUUUACAACUAUAACCGAAAGGAAUCUACACAUUAUAACUCAAGCCUACUGCUGGCCCAUAGGGGUAUAAAGUAGAGCCCUUGUACUCCAGAAACAAGAGAGAAGGACAAUAAAAGGUCAUGUUUUUAUAAUUUAGCUGGAUUCAGAUGGCUGCUUUCACCACUGUUAGCAAAUUCUGGCAUAAUUAUGUGAUAUCCCAACUACUAGCUUUCCUAGUGAUGAUUUAGUAAAAUUAUGGAAAAAUCAGGAGAUGGAGAUAAUUAGCUGCUCCUUCCUCCACAGUGAUGUUUGUUUGAAUCCAAGUAGCAAUGACUUUUUUCUAAAGUAUAUGUGACAUCCUUGGAGCUGGUAUCAGAUGUUCCUAUUCUAUAAGUUUGCUUUACAAUAAUAUGAAAACAAGUGACAUUCUUUACAGGUUGAAGGGUUUAUUUUUUGUAUCAAAAUAAAGAACAAAUUUUCAGAAC